AUGGAUCGUCGCGAAGCCUGGAAGGAGACCGUGAGAGAGUUGUGUUUCGACAAUGACUCUUCCGAUGAGGAAGAUAAUUUGUUCCUUGCGACUGUGACCGCGUUCCAUGAGUCGUCCGUAACACAGCGCGGAGCUUGGGGCGGUUCAGUGCCGGGACGUCGCCGUAUCCAGCGGAAUCGGCUGGAGGGGCAUCAAAGGUUGUUCAAUGACUACUUCGCCGAUCCCCCUGUGUACCCCGAUUACAUAUUCCGCCGCAGGUUCAGGAUGAAACGUGACUUGUACCUUAAGAUCGUGGAGGCAGUUGCGGACUAUGACCCGUGGUUCCAACAGAGGAGGAACGCGGCAGGGGAGCUCGGACUGUCGGUGUUGCAAAAAGUCACUGCGGCGUUUCGGGAGGCCACCAUCAUUGAGAGCAUGAGGCGGUUUGUUCGGGCCGUCGUCAGGGUGUUUGGCGAUGAGUAUCUCCGUUCUCCGAACGAGGAGGACACCGCUCGCUUGAUUGCUAUAAACGAGCAAAGAGGGUUCCCGGGGAUGCUGGGAAGCAUCGACUGUAUGCAUUGGAGGUGGAAGAACUAUCCGACGGCGUGGUCGGGUUCUUUCACCGGCCACAUCAACUCUCCUACGAUCAUUCUAGAGGCGUUGGCGUCGCAGGACCUGUGGAUUUGGCAUGCCUUCUUUGGCAUGCCGGGGUGGCUGAACGACAUCAACGUUCUGCACUGCUCACAUCUCCUCGACAACCUUGCCGCUAGUGUGGCGCCCCAUGUACAAUACUCCAUCAAUGGACACCAGUACAACAUGGGGUACUACCUUGCAGAUGGUAUCUAUCCGGAAUGGGCCACCUUCGUGAAGCCCAUAUCUUGUCCGCUUGGGCGGAAGUGGCAACACUUCGUCGUGCAGCAGGCGGCGGUACAGAAGGAUGUGGAACGCGCCUUCGAGGUCCUACAGUCUUGGUUUCCUAUAGUCCAGGGGGCUACAAGGAUAUGGGAUCAGGAAACCCUUCAUAACAUCAUGACCGCCUGCAUUAUCAUGUACAACAUGAUAAUCGAAAAUGAGAGACCUGAUGGUGAAGUUGAACACGUCUACGACGGUACUGGUGACCAUGUGGAGCCGUUGCACACCCCAACCCCCUCAAUUCAAGCAUUUACACACAGGUAUGGGAUGAUAACUAGCAGGCAGGGUCAUCACCAGCUUCGUGAAGAUCUUGUGGAGCAUCUCUGGCAGCUCCACGGAGGAGAGUAG